GGGAGCGGAGCGGCGGCGGCGACGGCGGCGCGGGGCCGGGCAGGUUUUCAGGAUGAAUCUGGAAAAACUCAGCAAACCAGAGCUACUGACGCUGUUUAGCAUUCUCGAGGGAGAAUUAGAAGCAAGAGAUCUUGUCAUAGAGGCUUUAAAGGCCCAGCACAGGGACACAUUCAUCGAGGAACGCUAUGGGAAAUACAACAUCAGUGAUCCACUGAUGGCUCUGCAGAGAGACUUUGAGACGCUGAAAGAGGGGAACCAUGGUGAAAAGCAGCCAGUAUGCUCCAAUCCUUUGUCUAUUUUGAAAGUGGUGAUGAAGCACUGCAAGAAUAUGCAGGAGAGAAUGUUAUCCCAACUGGCUGCUGCAGAGAGCAGGCACAGAAAGGUGAUCCUGGACCUGGAGGAGGAGCGGCAGCGGCACGCGCAGGACACGGCCGAGGGGGACGAUGUCACCUACAUGCUGGAGAAGGAGCGGGAGCGGCUCACCCAGCAGGUGGAGUUUGAAAAGUCCCAAGUGAAGAAGUUUGAGAAGGAGCAGAAGAAGCUGUCGAGCCAGCUGGAGGAGGAAAGGGCACGCCACAAGCAACUGUCUUCCAUGCUUGUUGUGGAGUGCAAGAAAGCCACUGCCAAAGCAGCUGAAGAGGGCCAGAAGACAGCAGAGCUGAGCUUGAAAUUGGAAAAGGAGAAGAGUAAGGUGAGUAAACUGGAAGAGGAGCUGGCAGCCAAGAGGAAGCGAGGCUUGCAGAUGGAAGCACAAGUAGAAAAGCAGCUCUCAGAGUUUGACAUUGAAAGAGAGCAGCUGAAGGCUAAGCUGAACAGAGAAGAAAACCGUACAAAAGCACUCAAAGAAGAGGUGGAAUGUCUGAAGAAAGCCCUGAAGGAGCUGGAGGCUUCCUGCCAGGAGCACGGUCCCCCCAAGGCCGUGCAUCCCGGCCCCUCGGUGACGUCCAGGGGGGUCACAACUGACAGUCCCCCGGUGAAGUCAGUGUCCUGCCAGACCGAGGGCCUGCAGGCAGAGCGAGCAGCCCCUGCCAGCGCCAGCAGAGCUGCCCACGCCGCGUUCGCCAGCCCCUCUGCCCCUGCUCACUCCUGUGCAAAGUCCAACGGGCACUGUGACACGGACGGGCCGGCGGCUGGGCACACGAACGCUGCGCAGAGCCCGGCUCACAGGGAGAAGCCUGCCGCAGCCCCGGAGGGCGCCGUGGAGAACGGGAGCUCCCCUGCCAGAACAGAGUCCCCGGUGCAGCAGCUGCCCUCUGCCGGGGCGUCCCUGUCCCCCAGCAGCACGGCCGCCUCCUCCCUCACCCCGUCCCCCUGCUCCUCCCCGGUGCUGGCCAAGCGCCUGGCGGGAGCCUCUGCCGGCAGCCCCGGCUACCAGUCCUCCUACCAGGUGGGCAUCAACCAGCGCUUCCACGCGGCCCGGCACAAGUUCCAGUGCCAGGCCGAGCAGGAGCAGCAGCCGGGGGGCCUGCAGAGCCCCCCGUCCCGGGACCUGUCCCCCACGCUGGCCGACAACUCGGCCGCCAAGCAGCUGGCGCGCAACACGGUGACGCAGGUGCUGUCCCGGUUCACCAGCCAGCAGGGCCCCGUCAAGCCCGUGUCCCCCAACAGCUCGCCCUUCGGCACGGACUACCGCAGCCUGGCCGGCGCCGGCGGCCCCAGGGCCGAGCCCGGGCACUGCCCCGGCCCCGCCAAGGUCUCCAGCCCGCUCAGCCCCCUGUCUCCGGGCAUCAAGUCUCCCACCAUUCCCCGGGCAGAGCGGGGCAACCCUCCGCCCAUCCCGCCCAAGAAGCCCGGCCUGGCGCAGUCGCCCGCUGCCGCUGCCGCUCCCCUCGGCAAAGGCUCCUCCCUGGGUGCCCCCGUGGACGUGGCCAGCAGCUGCUCCGGCAGCUCCGUCGUGUCAAACGGCAAGGACCUGGAGAUCCUCCUGCCAAGCAGCAGCUAGUCUCCAGAAAACGGGAAUGUGACAUUCCACAGCUUAGCUUACCCUGCAGCUAAGACGCUGUUUUUCCACUCCGUGUUAUUUAUUUCCAUAGUAGCAGAUUCUGUCUGUAUAAAGCAUUUAGUAUAUUUUUUUUUCCUUUUUAAUAGGUAGGAAAAUAUUUUUGUUUAUGAAGAAACCUUAACUACAGCUAUACAGUAGCCUCCAAAUGCCUCAUGGCAGCAUUCAAAUCAUUAGAGAUAACAACCAUAAUCAUGUGGUGGGACCUAUCAAUCUCUAAUGGGACUGAAAUGCUACUUUUAAAUUAUGCAGAAAUAAUUUUUGCAGACUUUUUAUUCCAGAUGAACAUUUUAUAAAAGUGCCUGAACUAAGCCUGCAAUAUGAAUGUGAUUCUCGGGAAAAGGUGAGGAGGGGAACAUCUAGCUGCAGAAACAAAUUCUUCUGAGUCCUGAAUGUUGAAACCAACACUGGUUUUCCUUUUAAUUCUUUCCGUUUGCUAAGGUAAGUCAGCAAAUGUGCUACAGAUUCUGCCAGGUGAGCACCAGAGUGGUGCAGCCAGCCAGGCUAUGUCCUUCAGGACACAGCUCCCAGCUAUUUGAGGAAGCACACAGGAGUUUCUUGGGAUAAAAUAUAGUUAUCAUCCAGAUUACUUCUCUGUCCAUAUAGCUCUUCCUGCUUUCCUGCCAAGGUGCCUGUGUGCUUUACAUGGCUCAACUCUGGUUUCUGGUGUAUCACCUGGAAUUUUCAAGCUCUUCAAGCAUUCUACUGUUGUGUGUAGAACUUCUGAGAAAAGGAUCUUUCUGUUACUUGGCAAAGAUCUCACUAUUACUUGAAAAAGUAACUCAUCCAUCCAGUACAGGUUUUUUGCAACACCUGUAACAUGGGAUCUUCAACUUUAGACAAAAGCAAUAAUUUUGUUCCCCAUCUGUGUCAGUUAAGUCUGACUGACCUGGAUUUUACCCACUAGCUGUGGCUAGCUUUCCUUGGCUGCAAAUAUGGAACCAAAUCAUUGCUGCUGUGGAAUUAAAUAUGUGGAUAUGUGUGCCACACACAUACAUGCUAAACACACAGUGUAUUAGGGAAGUAUUUAUCUCUUCUCGAUCUUCUGCCUCAUAUGAAGAAAACAUGGCAAUUCACUGAGAUUUUAAAAAAUUCCUCAGUGAGGAAUCGCCUAAGUUUGAGGCAGAUCUUGUGUGUGGAGAAGUAUUUGGACCCAGGAGACGCAGGUGGUUCCUGUGCAGAAAUAUUUGCUGCAAGAGAACCAGCAGGCCCAGCACAGUGGUUUUCUGAGUCGCUGUGCUGAGAAGCCCAGGACAAACAGCACAGAUCAGUGGCACAGGCUGCGAGCACGACCCCGCGUUAAUGAUCUCGGUGUUGGACCGGAGCUGAUCCUAAAUUUAGGAACUGGACUGGCUGCUCGGUGCCAUCCAGCGUGGAGCCCUUCCCUGGGCAGCCCAGUGGUGUUUGCACGGCUCCCGGUGCCAGAGACAGUUAUCCCUGGGGAAUCCUCAGUGUUCCAUCAGGCAGGGCCCCUCUGUGUGGGGAGGGUCCCUGUGCCAUGGAGGGGCAGAGCUGCUCAUGCAGGGAGGUUCCCAUGCAGGGAGGUUCCUUUGGGCUCUGGGCCUUGGAGCUGUGCCAUGGAGGGGCAGAGAUGCCCAUUGCAGUGAGGUUCCUCGGGGCUCUGAGCCUCUCUCUGCAGG